CAAAUAUUGUUUUCUUUCUGUCCCCGUGUUCCCUAAAGUUCACGGCGGCGUGAUCUGCGAGCUGUGCGCGUUUAAGAAUGAGCGCGGACGGUCGCUGUGUUCGGUACUACUGCACCGCGGGCGGCGGCAUGCACACGUUUCUGGCGCACGAACUGAAGCGCAAACUGCGCGCCACAGAGGUGGAACAUAUCCCUGGGAGAGUGUUUUUCCGCUGCAGUUCAGAUCUACAGGAAGUGAUGCAAUUGAAAUCUGCGGAGAGACUUUUCCUGCUUUUGAGCAGAGCUCCGCCCAUUUCCUUACCCAAAAAUCCAGCAAAAGCAUCCCAUGUGAUACAGCAGAGCAUUGUGGGAGAUCCAGAUAACUGGCGCCACGCCCUCUUCACCUGGAACUUACUGCAGGUGGAGAUUCGCCACGCCCAGGCGCGGAGUCUCAAGAGAAAGAGGGAUGUGGAGGAAGAUAAAGGGGAGGGCGGAGUCUCUUGCGCUGCGGGCUCGGAGCGCGCACACACACACUUGGGAACGCCCGAGGGGACUCACGACGCACCAGCUCACAGGCACCAGGGUGGUGGAAAUGUUCCUGCUCAGGCAGCUCCCACAUUCCGCAUCAGCUGCCGCUGUAGUGGAGCAGUCGCUCGCCAUUAUAGCUCCCAGAACUUGAGUCGUAUCAUUGGCGUAGCUGUCGCCCGAGAGCUUGGAUGGAAGCCUGACCUCAGAGAGCCGACUCUUGAGGUACAUGUGUAUUUAAGUGAUGACCACUCUGUGAUCGGGAUCCCUCUGAUAAGGCACCCUCUUGCUAGUCGCAGGUAUAUGAAACACACUGGUCUGAGGUCCACUGUUGCCUGGGCGAUGACCUCUCUCUGUCCUAUGAAGGAAGCCUCUGUGAUUUUAGACCCCAUGUGUGGAGUUGGUACCAUAUUACUGGAGGCAGCCCAGGAAUGUGCGCAUGCUGUGUUUAUAGGCAUGGACACAGAGGAGGGUCAGUUGCAGAAAGCUGUAGAGAACGUGGACACUGCAGGUCAGAAGAGCAGAAUCCUACUGGUCCAGUCCUCCUGCAUGGCGAUCCCGUUGCCGACGGCUUCUGUGGAUGUGGUUCUGUGUGAUGUUCCCUUUGGCAGGAAGUUCUCCUGCAGCGUGGACAUGCCCGCUGCACUGCCCCGGAUCCUGGCUGAGAUGGAGAGAGUUCUAUGUGAGGGGGGAUGUCUGAUUAUUCUGUUAAGUCUGCAGCUUUCUGCCCAGAUGAAGAAGCUCGUCAACUCGAACGCACUCACGCCACAAUCACAGAUGACUGAGCUGGACAAGGACCCCCAGGGAAAGAGCCGGGGCCUGGGGAUGCAGGGCCCCGAGCACAGCUGGGGGACAGAUGAGCUCGCGCUCAGCUCGCUACAACUACAGAACAUACACAGAGUGAGCCUGGGCAGCAGUGAUGGAAUCAUACACACCUACACCAAGAUACAAACGCUGAAACACACACAUGCUAACACACACACACAUGAUGAAACUAUGUCUACAUCAUAGUGCACCUAUUCACACACUGAAAUCACAUACACCACGAUACACAUGUAAUCAUACACAAACACACACUGAAACGCACACUAUGGUGAUAUGUAAUUUACACAGGCAGAAAAUCCCAGAGAAAUCCAACUACCAAAACCAGCUCCACGGCUCAAUACAAACCCAAUAAAAUAUACAGUACCAUCAUGUACAUGAGACAAAU